CAAACUUUUGAAUACUUAUCGUAUUCGUUCAUGUAAUAUUCCCCCUUACAACUGUCUUCUUCUCUUUCACCAAAAACACGCAUUUUCUCCUUCAAAAAUCAUUGCCUACAAAAUCAAAUUUGAUUGAUUCCAAUUUUCAUGAGAUUUAACAAAUCACCGGGAGCCAAUUCCUCGCCGUUACUCCUUGAAUAGCGGCUGUUCACGGAGGAGGAGAAGAAUAAUCCACCAGCGCCACCGAUGGCCGGCGACGACUCCACCACCAUUGUGUCGGAAAUUCAGUCUCUUCUCCGCCUAGUCCGCGAUGUAGCGCGAACCACUGCCACCGGAUUCACAGGAGGCUUCAAGAAGGACUGUAUAGACCUUUCUAGAAGAGUAGCUUUGUUGUCGUAUUUAUUGGAAGAAAUUAGGGAUUUUCAAGGUGAUUUGAUGCCGUUGGAUAUCGCAUGUUCUUCUUCAUCGUCUCCUUCUUCCUUAUCUGAGCUAACCACCGCUCUUCAAGCUGCUAAUCGAUUGCUUCAAUCUGCUGGAAGCUUCGAUCACAAUAUUGCCGCUGAAGGAACAGCCGAGAAAUUCGCAUGUCAAUUCCAAGGUGUCACAUGGAAAUUGGAAAAAGCGUUAGCUAACUUACCAUAUGAUCAUUUUGACAUAUCAGAAGAAGUUAAAGAACAAGUUGAUUUAGUAAGAGUUCAAUUGAAAAGAGCAACAGAACGAUAUGGUGGACAACAAGAUCCAAUCCUAUUAUUGGCAACAGAGUCUGAUUCUUUUCAAAUAAUCAACAUUCAUGAUGAUGAUGAUGGAGUUAAAUCAAAAGUGGGAAGUUUUACAAAUGAAAAUCUUCCAAAAGAUUUAGAGCUUGUAACUGAAUCAACCCUAUUAAAAACUACUCAUGAUGUACAAACUUCUCCUGUGAUUCCAGUUGACUUCCUUUGCCCUAUUUCACUAGAAAUCAUCAAAGAUCCUGUCAUCGUGUCCACAGGGCAGACUUAUGAGAGAUCCUACAUACAAAGAUGGAUCAAUGGCGGAAACACAACAUGCCCAAAAACGCGCCAAAAACUUCGAAACCUAACUCUUACACCAAACUAUGUCUUGAGAAAUUUAAUCACUCAAUGGUGUACAAUUCACAAAGUCGAACACUCAACUUUACUAACAAACAGAAGGUUAAAAGACAGCGAUGGAUCGUUUCUUGAUGUAAGCAUUGAAUCAAUCAUUCAUAGCCUCUCGAGUCAAUCUAUCGAAGAACGAAGGGCAGCAUUGUCAAAAAUCCGAUGUUUAUCAAAAAGAAUCACAGAAAACCGAAUGAUUAUCGCUGAAUCAGGAGGGAUUCCGAUUCUCGUUGGGUUAUUAACAUCUGAAGAUGUCACCACACAAGAACACGCAGUGACAUCGAUUUUAAACCUAUCGAUAUACGACGACAACAGAGGAUUAAUAAUGCUAGAAAACGCAGUACCUUCUCUUGUUCAACUUCUCAAAUCCGGAACCAUGGAAACACGAGAAAACGCCGCCGCGACGCUUUUCAGCUUAUCGCUCUCCGACGAAAACAAGAUCGUAAUCGGCGGAUCCGGUGCGAUUCCGGCGUUGGUUGAUUUACUUGAGAACGGGAGUAGAAGAGGGAAGAACGACGCUGCGACGGCGUUGUUUAAUCUCUGUAUUUAUCAAGGAAAUAAAGGGAGGGCGGUUAGGGCUGGGAUUGUUUCGGUGCUGCUUAAAAUGUUGACCGAUUUGAAUAGCGCCAUGGUUGAUGAAGCUUUGACUUUACUUUCGAUUCUUGCUAGUCACAACGAAGCUAAAUCGGCUAUGGUGAGAGCUCAUAUUAUUCCUAAUUUGAUUGAUUUUGUAAAAUCCGGGAUUCCGAGAAACAAGGAGAAUGCUGCUUCGAUUUUGCUUUCGUUGUGUAAGCGAGACGAUGAGAAUAUUGGGUGUGUGAUCAGACUUGGGGCAUUGACGCCAUUGGUGGAGCUUGCUGAUAAUGGUAGUGAGCGAGGUAGACGAAAGGCUAACUUGUUGUUGGGACAUAUUGAAAGGUUUCGACAAAAUCUGGAACAUGUACAAGUACGCGUUGACUGACUUAUUUAUCUCAUUUUUUAUUUUUUUUACACGAUUCUUUAGUUGAAGAAAAACCAAAGAGGUGAAGCAACUUCUUGUGCUUUUCUUUGUGUAUUCUUGUUGGUCAAUAGUUGAUUUGAUAUUUGUUAUUAUUUGUUUGAUAUCGAUUAUAGAGGAUAACAUUUGUGUUUGUUUAAAAAUUAAUUAAUACCCAAGUUUCUACUUUGUACACAGUU